GUAUCUCAAAUAUCAGCCUCUACUAGUUGUACAGUCCUCCCUUAUUUGAUAUCAGAGAGCCCAAUGGAGCCUUCUGAAGAACCUAGUCAGAUUAGCAAAGAUAACUUUUUGGAAGUUCCUAAUUUAUCUGAUUCUCUUUCUGAAGAUGAGGAAGUUAAAGCUACUUUCAAACCUGGCUUCUCGCCUCAACCUAGUAGACGAGGUUCUGAUUCUUCUGAAGAUAUGUACCUGGACACUCCAUCUUCAGGUGCAAGAAGAGUUUCAUUCGCUGACACCUUUGGAUUCAAUCUUGUGUCUAUCAAAGAAUUUGAUUGCUGGGAUUUACCAAGUGUUUCCACCGGUUUUGACUUAAGGAAGGACAUUUUUCACACAGAAGAAUAUGUUUUAUCUCCACUAUUUGAUUUGCCUUCUUCAAAAGAAGAUCUUAUGCAGCAACUUCAAGUACAGAAAGCAAUACUGGAGUCAACUGAGUAUCCUCCUGGGUCUACAAGUAUGAAGGGCAUUAUUCGAGUUUUGAAUAUUUCUUUUGAGAAGUUAGUAUAUGUGAGAAUGUCCUUGGAUGACUGGCAGACACAUUAUGACAUUUUAGCAGAAUAUGUCCCAAAUUCAUGUGAUGGUGAAACUGACCAGUUCUCCUUUAAGAUUUUAUUGGUUCCCCCUUAUCAAAAAGAUGGCAGUAAAGUUGAGUUUUGUAUACGUUAUGAAACUUCUGUUGGUACAUUUUGGUCAAAUAAUAAUGGCACAAAUUAUAUACUGAUUUGUCAAAAGAAAGAACAAGAGCCGGAGCCUGUAAAACCACGGGAAGAAGUUCCUAAUAGACAAAUAAAAGGCUGUUUAAAGGUAAAAUCAAGUAAAGAAGAAUCAUUAGUAACAUCAGGCGAGAAUAACUUUGAGAAUUCAAAGAUUACAGAUACCUAUAUCCCAACAAUUGUUUGUUCUCAUGAGGACAAGGCAGCCUUGGAAACCAGUAAUCGAAAUGUAAAAGAUGUAAACAGGGAACAUGAUGAACAUAAUGAAAAAGAAUUAGAGUUGAUGAUAAAUCAAUGCUUAAUAAGAAGUACUGCUUCCAGAGAUGAAAAGAAUACAUUUGCAAUAGAUCCGGUCAAUUUUCCAAAUAAAGCUGAGGGGUUAGAGAAGAAGCAAAUCCAUGGUGAAGUACACCCUGACUUGUUUAAAAGGCCUUUGUCUCCAAGUUCAUCAGCAGAAAGCUCCUUAAAGGGAGAUUUUUACUGCAAAGAAGAAUAUUCCUCAGAAAAUAAGUAUAGACAUCAACCUUCAGAGGAAAUUACUUCAGAUAUAGGAGAAAUCAAGCCACCAUUGGGAUAUACUAGUAGUGGUGAAUUAGUGCAAUUACACAUUGGGGGCAAAGAAGUACUGGAUAAUAAUGCUAAUCCAGCAGAAGGGAGAGGCAGAGUGCAAAUAUCUAGUCCUUCCUCAGAUCAACUAGUCGCAGACAACCUUAAUAAAAAACAUGAAGGAAGAGCUGAGAAAAUUGAAAUAAGAGAUUGGGAAUGUUUAAGAGGAGAUUUCAAUUUGGAUUUGCAUUCAGAAGAAUCAAUGGAAAAAGGAUCUUCUAAGAAAGAUUAUGGUAAUGGUAAGACUGAGGAGGAGGAGCAAAGAAUACAUUUAGGUGUUAAUGUAAAACAAAGCAAAAAUUUUCAUUCAUUCUUACAUGACCAAGAAAGGAAGAUGGGCCAGUCUGAAAUCAGUAUGGAAGGAACAGAAACUAGCAACAGAGACCUAACUGUCCUGCUGAGUAAAGAUACCACAAUUCCCGACCAGGCAAUCACAGCAGAUAUGUUUCAUUCACCAAGGAUAAGUCUAAGUUGGGAAAACGCUGUGUUAACAACUCCAGAGCAUGAUCUCUUGACUAGUGAAGGCACUACUUUACGAGGGAUGCCUGGUCAAGUUUGUUCACCAAGAAGUGGAAAUGUUUUGAGGAAUGAUUGUCUUUUCCAAGUUGAAGAAGAAAAAUCAGAUUGGAUUAAUCCUGAGGAUCAGAAUAAGAAUGCACAACAGAAACAAAGUUGGAAUGUUCUAGAAAGUCAGAGAAAAGCAAGAGAGAGUAAGACAUAUAGAACAGAACAGAACAAGGAACAAUCUGCUUGUGAAGACAUGUGGGGAAAAAGAGAUAAUACAAGGAAUUUGAAAGCUACUCCUACGGAAGAAUUGUUUACCUGCCAAGAAACAGUGAGCUGUGAACUGUCUUCUCUAGCUGAUCAUGGUGUUACUGAGAAAGCAGAAGCAGGUACAGCUUAUAUAAUUAAGACAACAUCAGAAAGUGCUCUAGAAAGCAUGUCUGCUAGAGAAAAAGCAAUAAUUGCUAAGCUACCUCAAGAGACAGCACGAAGUGACAGGCCCAUCGAGGUAAAGGAAACAGCGUUUGAUCCACAUGAAGGGGGAAAUGAUGAUUCACAUUAUACCCUUUGUCAACGAGAUACAGGAGGUGUAAUCUAUGACAAUGAUUUUGAAAAGGAAUCACGUUUAGGUAUUUGUAAUGUACAUGUAGAUGAAAUGGAGAAAGAAGAAACCAUAUCUAUGUACAAUCCCGGGAAGACACAUGACAGGAAGAAACGUGGCAUUGGAAAUAUCACAUCUGUAGAAGAAUCCUUCCAGGUCAUUACAGGCAAUCAAAAAGCAGCCUCAGAACUGGAUUUACAUUUGGGAAUGUUACCAAAAGACAAAAAAACAUUUCCAGAAAAUAGAGAUGAUAAACAGGUCCAAGAAUUAUCAAAGAAAACAGACAGAGAUGCUAUUAUUCAUUCUACUUUAAACUCAGACACUAACAGAGCUUCUCAGAAUGUCUCUCACGUUUCCAAUCACCAUGCUAAAACCUCAGUGCCAUCUCAUGAACAGGCAAUUGCUGUAGAGAAUAUAAUUACUACCAUGACUCUCCAAUCUAUUUCUACUAAAUCAGAAUAUAAUUGUAAUCCAACAAGUGAAAUCCAGGGUAUUGAGAAGCACCCUCAUCUUGGGUCUAUACCUGGAGAAGUUUCCAAAAGUUCAGGAACAGAGACCUCAGGUAGUAGCAGAGAAAGAUUUAAAAGCCAGAUUUUUCAACAAGGAGAACACGGUGUGGAAAAAUCUCUACAGCCAACGAUUUUUGUCAGUGAAGUUAUUGAGACCGUGGAAGAGGCCAGGCAUGAAAAUGAAGGAUUAGCGUCUGGACAAUCACUGGGCUCUUCAGGUGACAAGGAAUCCGAGAGCUCUGCUUCUGCUAGUCUCCCUGCCCAGGAAGGUCAAACUGAAAGCAACCAAUCUCUGCUUUCGAAAUACACCAACUCUAAAGUACCGUAUGUCCUUUUGUUUGUCAUAUUUCUUGUAACCAUCUACCAGUAUGACUUAAUGAUUGGCCUGGCAUUCUACCUUUUUUCAUUGUACUGGCUAUCUUGGGAAGAGGGGAGACAAAAAGAGUCUGUCAAAAAGAAGUAACCUCACCACUAUUAUUAUUUUCUCAUAAAAGAUAAGCUUUUUAGCCCCAAACGUUUGGAUUGGUGAAAGAGAUUACUCAUUGUUCAAAGAGCCAGCGCAGUUUUUCUCUUGAAGGAUCAUUUAAAAAGGAAUGCGUAUGAAGUUUGCUCCUUCAUAUAAGUAAUUAUUCUAUAUAGGACCAUUAUGUUUGGAUCAUUAAAUACCUAUAUGAAUAUGAGAUCUGAAGCACGUCAAGUUGAAAUUAGGUACAGCUGUUGCUCCUUAGCAGGCUAUGAAGUUGCAAUGCUUCACGUCUCUUCACUACUUAAAGUGCCAUUUCUUGCAUUCAUUUCUUUUGCAGUAAAGCUUCAUUUUUUUUUCCCUAGAGUAUUUUUCCUUCUGUGGUUUUUUAAAAAAUAGAUAAAACAUGAACAAUGGCAGAGGACUUUUUUUUUUUGUCUUUUGGUAUUGACCAUGAAAUUUGCAUUUAUCCCUAUAUCAUUUAUCAGCACAUUUUGAUGGAUCAAAUCUUUCAACUUUGAUUUCAUAUUUUUAAGAACAACACCCAUGUGUAUUGAAAUGCAUAAACUUAAAGAAAGACCUUGUUUGCUUGAAUAAUACUUUAUACACAGAUAUCUUCUACCUCCCUUAUAUCUACAAAGUUAGAGCACUCAUAAGCCAAAUCUGACAAAGACUGAAACAAUUGGGAGAUGAUCUCUCAAUCUACAAAAUUUUGUGGGGGGCCUGUCUAUAAGCAAUGUUUUUCUCUUAUAAGAAGAGAAAGUAUAACACAGCUGAACAAUUUUGAUGUCAAUUAUUCAGUUGAAGUUUUAAAAUUAAAAGUUCCACAAGCAUUGCUUCAGAACGAAUUUGUACCUAUAAAGCAUCAAAUAUUAAAUAAUAAUAAUAAUUUAAAAAAUAUUUCCAAAUGAACUAUUUUACUUGGUAGUAUUUUUUGUCUUCAAACAAAUUUUUAUUUUUUGUUAUAGGACAAUGAAUUAUUUUCCAAGGUGCAUAUAGAGACGAAAUAAUCAUUGGUGAUUGUUAUAUAAUCAUCAGGUUGUUAGAUGAUAACUCAAGUUUUUAGUGGGCAAAUAAGUAGAUAUGGCAAUCUACUCAGGGAGAAAUGAAUAUCCAGUGUAGCAGUGACUUUAGCUACUGUUAUUUUCUAUGGCUAAGUAUGUGAAAAAAUGGAACUAAUCAUUUUGGUCACAUAGUGGGAAUGCAAAGAUUUUUAUAUAAGAUUUCAACAACCAUUUAUUAAAUGAUUGCUAGAUGCAAAAAUCCUGUGCUCUGGUCUAUGGCACAGUACUUCCUUUGAUACCCUGAAUGGCUACUUUCCAGGGAGGAGGCAUACGUACUUUUGAUUUGGCCAGGAAUAUGGAAGAGAGUAACUGUGGGAGUCCAUUUGGGUGAUUUCUUUUUCAUAGGAACUUCCUUCAUAGAGUACGUAACAUGAUCUUCAGAGAGAAAAGAGCAUCUAUUUACCUGUAAAGGUAAAUUCAAUGAGUAAAACUUGCAUAUAUCAUCCUAUACUUCUAGGAAACAUGCAUUUAUGGGAAUAAAAAAUGAGAACAAAGCAUUUAAACUGACUUUCAUGUAGUAGUAAAUGAUUUCCCUAAUCUUCAUUAGGUACACAGCUAUUUCCAAAUCCCUAAUUGUAUGCUUGUCUCAAGUCCCAUUGAAAUUGAAUGCUUGACUUUAACUUUUUAGUUGAACAAAUACAAACAUCCUGAAGUAGAACUUAGGGCAAAUACUUGAUUGCUUAAAAAAGCACAUUUUCAUUAAAUACAAGUAGAACACUGUAGGCCAUACCUAGAAUAUUAUCUCUAAAAUUGCUAUCCUGAUAAUUUUGUUGACAGGUCUAAAUUACAGCGGAGUUAAGGUUAGUAUUUCUUCAGAUCUUAAUGGCUUGGUUUUUGCAUUCUACCUUUAAGAGUUUCGGUCAAUAUGCCAUAUCUUAUUAAUGCAAAGAAACUACAUUACUUAUUAACACAGGUGCCCGAACUAUAAUUAUUCCCUUAUACAUAAAGGAAUGUAAUUUUUUAAA